AUGGGUAUUGAAACUUUGGCAAGAAGUACUCAUCUAGGAGAUCAAGAAUAAUAAAAAUCAAAUGCCAAAAUCACUAAUAAUGCAUUAAUCGAAUAAUAUUUAAGAUAUAAAAGAUGCUCUAGACAAAUGAUAAAUCCAAUCUUAUUGUCAAUCACCCUGCUUUAUUGUAGGUAUAAUCCUUAUUCUGAAAAGGUCGAUAAGGAGAAAUUGACAAAGUGA